AUGAAGCUUGCAGGGUUCAGUACCUCCAAUAAGGUUAAGAACCACUGGCAUAGUGAUUUGCCUCAACCUGAUGACUGAUUUCCACAAAUCAGGAGAGGAAGCCUGAGGCCAUGGUUCUCUGCCGGAAAACGGUGUAUUGCUCCCUCCGGGUUGGGAAUGAGCCAUUGCCCCAAGUGAAGGAGUUCAAGUAUCUUGGGGUCUUGUUCACGAGUGAGGGUAGAAGGGAGCGUGAGAUCGACAGGCGGAUCGGUGCAGUGUCCGCAGUAAUGCGGGCGUUGCACCGGACCGUCGUGGUGAAGAGGGAGCUGAGUCGGAAGGCAAAGCUCUCGAUUUACUGGUCGAUCUACGUCCCAACCCUCACCUAUGGUCACGAGCUUUGGGUAGUGACCGAAAGAACGAGAUCGCGUAUACAAGCGGCCGAAAUGAGCUUCCUUCGUAGGGUGGCCGGGCUCAGCCUUAGAGAUAGGGUGAGGAGCUCGGACAUCCGGAGGGAGCUCGGAGUAGAGCCGCUGCUCCUUCGUGUCAAAAGGAGCCAAUUGAGGUGGUUCAGGCAUCUGAUCAGGAUGCCUCCCGGGCGCCUCCCUUUGGAGGUUUUCCGGGCUGGUCCAACUGGGCGGAGACCCCGAGGGAGACCCAGAGCCCGCUGGAGAGAUUAUAUAUCUCUCCUGGCCUGGGAACGCCUCGGGAUCCCCCAGGAGGAGCUGGAAUGCAUUGCUGGGGAGAGGGACGCCUGGAAUACCCGGCUUUGCCUACUGCCACCGCGACCCGACUCCGGAUAAGCAGGUCAAAAUGGAUGGAUGGAUGGACAAGAAUGCUCAAUGCUCAAAUCUUCCAACCACUAAACUGUAUCUAAUGCUAAGUUUACCUAAAAGCUAGAUGGUAUCUAGCACCGCAUCCGACCUGGUCUUGAAAACCUCCAAUGUUUCUGCCUCCACUACAUGUCCUAGCACGCUAUUCCACACAGUGACCACUCUGUGUGGGGGGGGAAAAAAACGUCCUAAUGUCUGCGAGGAAUUUAAACUUUGGCAAUUUACAUUUACGCCCCCUCGUUCUGCUAACCAAACUCAACCUGAAGAAUCUCCUCUAGUUCCUCUGAUCUCCCCAAAGUGCUUUUACCUUUACUUGAAGAGAUAAAGCAUCUUCAUUCUUUCCUCAUAACUUCUCUCUUUUGUACCAGAAAUCGAUCUGGUUGCCCUUCUUUGAACCUUUUCCAGCACCUCUAUAUCUUUCCUGAAGUAUGGUCAUCAGAACUGCACACAUCAGUGUGGUCUGACAAAUGUAUUGUAUAAGAAGAGUAUAAUUCCUUAGAUUUAGUAUAUUCAAUACUCUUGGCUAUGUAUGCCAGCAUCCUGUUGUUUUUUUUAACACAUUGUCCAGAAGCUGAAAGCCUUUGAUCAACUAUUAUCCCUGUCAACUUGAGCACAUUCCAAUUCACCCACCCAUAAUCCUGCCUUUGAAUUUAAUUUGCCCACUUCUGGAUUCUUUUUUAAUCAUCUUGGAUUACUUUGGUAGAUUCCAAACUGUUAGCUAGACCUCCCAGUAAACCUCUGCAAACUAAUGUAGUUUCAAUGUCCAUAUCAAAGUCAUUUAUGCAACUGUGGAAGAGCAGUGGUCCCAGCACUGAUCCUCGUGGGACUCCCACAAUACCCUGCUCAGAUAAGAUCCCUCCUAUUACUACUCUUUGUGUUCUAUCCUGUAACCAGUUCCCACCCACUCUGAAAUGCCUCCUGUAAUUCCUACUUCCUGUAAGUCUUAAUUUUGAGAAUGAGUUUGUCUUGUGGUACCUUAUGAAAUGAUUUUUGGAAAUCUAAAUGAUAUCAUUAGCCCUGCUACCAUCAAGACACUUGGUAGCUUUCUCAAAGAAUGCCAAAAGCUUUGUCUGGCAUGACCUUGCGAAAGCCAUGUUGGCUGUCCAUGAUGUUAUUAUUUUCAAUGAGUAAUUGAAGAAUAUAAUGAUAGAUUCCAGUAUUUUUCAUGUGAUGCGAGUUAGACUGACAAGGUGUUAUAUUACCUUGUUUCCAGUCGUUUGUUAUUUCUCCAGUUUCUUAGGACCGUCUAAAAAUACUUGCCAGUGGUUUAAAAAUGAUCUCACUUAACUCUUUGAGUACACUUGGGAAUAUGCCAUCUGGGCCUGCUGCCUUAUUUGUCUUUAGUUCAUGUCUUUGUCUCGCAUUUCUUUAUCCCCCAUCUCAAUAGGGGUGGCCCUUGGCGUAGUGGUUAAGGUAAAUUACUGGGACCCGCAAGGUCGCUGGUUCAAUCCCCGGUGUAGCCACAAUAAGAUCCGCACAGCCGUUGGGCCCUUGAGCAAGGCCCUUAACCCCGCAUUGCUCCAAGGGAGGAUUGUCUCCUGCUUAGUCUAAUCAACUGUACGCCGCUCUGGAUAAGAGCGUCUGCCAAAUGCCAUUAAUGUAAUAUAAUGUAAUAUCAGCUGAGACACUGAAUAUGCCUUCCAGCCUGUUCGUAAAACCUCUCAACAGAGUUUUCAACUACAUAAAACUUAACAGUGAACCAUCAAAUACCCCCCAGAUUUCAGUGCCCAUCAGUCCCAACAUUUAGCAAUAGAAUCAAACAGUCCAAAAGUAAAUUUAAUCCCAAACCAAAGCGAAAAUCUUUUGAUAGCCUACUGCUCCAAACGAAACGCAUGUCUCACAAUAAAACGCACUUUAGGAAAAAAAGAUCCUUAAUUGCUGAUUUGAUGCUAAUUUGUUAUUGUUCAUGAAGGCGUGUCUGGCAAGUUGUUAUUUUAUGGAUUCUGGACUUGCAUGUGAUUUAUUGUGUUUGAGAAUAUUUGCAAUAAACUAAGUCUGUUAAGGCUGACACUAUGACUUACCAAACGGUGUUUCCUGAUUAACCUACACUAAUUGAUUUCUGAACGGUUACAGGAAGUGUUGAACAGUGUUGGCCCACUUUAGGUGUAGCCUUUUACUUUAUUUCUAAGAAUAAAAUUCUACAACAGAAGCCUAAUAAGAAAUAAAGGCCUGCCUCGAAUACAAGCCUGCCCCAAAUAAAGGCCUGUGCUUUGUGCAGCCUAAGUAAAUAAAAGACCCCGGCCACAAUUUGAGGAUUUACAGUAGCUGCUUUAACCAUCAACGGGUAAAAUUGGGGGAUCCUAAUUGCAGAAAGUGUUGAAACCUGGACACUUUAAUCCAGCCAUCCAUCCAUUUUCUAACCCGUUUAUUCCUGGUCAGGGUCAUGGGGACUGGAGCCUAUCCCAGAAUGCUAUGGGUCAUGAGCAGCAAUACACCUUGGACAGGCAAACAGACCAGUCUCCAAUUAGCCUAACCUUCAUGUUUUUGGACUGUGGGAGGAACCUGGAGUCCCCAGAGGAAACCCACAUGGACACGUACAAACUACACACAGAAAGGCUCUCUGUUAGGAUUGAAACUCGGUGCCUUCUUGCAGUGAGAUGACUGUGCUAUUCACAUCACUGCUGUUCCAUCCCCAACUAAACCAUUUCUGGAAAUUGUAUAGCUCAAAAGGCAAAGCAAGUGGUAUUGAAUGUUUCAUUUUAAUGGGGAAAAAAUAUGAACACAAUUUCAAAAGCCUUAACUCACCAAUAUAUUUGCUGUCACAAAAAUUAGCGUGCAGUGGUAGGGCCACUGGACCAGGCUUGAAAAGCCCCUGCUCUGGAAGAAAAUCAUAAUCAAGCUCCUUCUGGAAAAUGAUUUUGGUCGCUGAAUGGUUUGCUGAGUAUAAAAAUCAUGAGUCAUAUGCCAUGGCCUUCACACUCACCAGAUCUCAACCCGAUUUAAUACCUAUGGGAGAUUUUGGAACUACGUGUUUGAUACCACCACCAUCAUCAAAACAUCAAAUGAGGGAAUCUCUUUUGGUCUUUUGGGAGAAUGGUGUUCACCCCUCCAGGGGGUAGAAUCCAUGCCAAGGUGCAAUGAAGCUGUUCUGGUGGCCCAACAUCUUACUGAGACAUUUUAUGGUUUUCCUUUAAUUUGUCCCUUGUCCGUAUGAAUCUGCUUAAAUAGAGCACAGUUCGUAAGUAUUUGGCUCUGUACGCAUUGGAUUUGCAAUUAAAUAAUAUGUGGUUAGAGUGUCAACUGUCACCAUUAAUUUAAGGGUAUUUACAUCAAUAUCGGGCGGGCCAUGUAGGAAUUGCAUCCUUUUUUAUACAUCGCCUCCCAAAUUUAAGGGAUCAAAAGUAAUUGGACGGUUGGCUUCUCAGCCGUUUCCGAUUAGUCAGUUGCAUUCAAUCGCUAUAAGAAAGCUUUCAGUAUCUAGUCUUGAUUCUAGGCUUUUGGUUGCCUUUGGAGUCCGUUAUUGGUGUUUGUCAACAUGAGGACCAGAGUUUGACCUCACAUUGUUUCAGUCCAAAUUCAAUGUGCUGAAGUACAGAGCCAAACAAAAAGAAUAUGUACCACUGUCCAAAUACUUACGGACUGUACUGUAUUUUCUAACCUCUAAUGUUCACCACCCAUUUCAGCUUUACUCUUAUGUACAUAACCUGUUAUCCAAGUGUUGAUUGCUGUAUGUCAAAAAGUUUUUAGUCAGUUGCAAUUUCUUUCUUAAUAUUUUAAUUGAACAUUUGCCAAAAGAAUGUCUAUAGCUGGACAUUUUUCAACUGUACAGAUUUGGGUCAACCCCAGCCAGCAGGUACACUGAAUUACCCAUAAUGCUUUUGGACCUUCUAUGUCUUAACAUUUUGUGCGUUCUGUUCACAUGAUCUACACUGGCUGAUGCGCUAUGAAUGCAGGAAGUGGGUUUUCUUCAUUGUUUUGCAAUGUCUCAAUCUGCUUUUACUUUCACCAAAAAAACAAGCAUUCGGUAAGAAGCUUGACUGAAGGUACUGUAUCACCCUGGAAUUCGGCAAGAUAAAUAUAAUGUGGAAAUUAUGAAAGUAGCGUCAAUGAUUAAUCAUUUGACAUAUUCACCAUAUGAGAAAAGUGUCCAAGACUGUCAGCCUGGUUGUGGGUCCUCUUCCUGAGUAUUUGGACUAAGGACUCUGGACUGUGGACUACCAAUCACCGUGAGGCUUUAUCUGACUGAUUGCUCUGUCAUCAUUCGUGACCUCCAGUCACUGUCCCAAUUUAGUUUUGAUUUGUGAUCAUUCUGUGAGUAAUCACUUUUAGCACACCCUUCCUCCGCUGUCAAUCAGGUGAGAUAAGAUGACACAUCACGCGUGAUACAAGUGUAACAACUAUAUACACUCACUGAGCACUUUAUUAGGAACACCUGUACACCUACUUAUCCAUGUAAUUAUCUAAUCAGCCAAUCGUGUGGCUGCAAUGCAAUGCAUACAAUUGUGCAGAUAGGGUCACAAGCUUUAGUUAAUGUUCACAUCAACCAUCAGAAUGGGGAAGAAAUGUGAUCCAAGUGACUUUGACCAUGACAGAUGGUGCCAGGGUAUCUCAGAAACUGCUGAUCUCCUGGGAUUUUCACGCACAAUAGUCUCUAAUGAAUACCAAAUACAGUGCUCACAGGAGCGCAACUGCGGAGGGAAACGCAGAACAGACGGAGAAUAAUUUAUUGGGUCAUGGCCGAUAAGUCGAAGAUGAUGAAAGUGGGGAUUGUGGGGUACGGUCAUUUAGGGCAGUACUUGGUGGAGAGGAUUCAGAGGGAGGGGGCAGCCGCAGGUCUGUGUUUGGCAUUUGUGUGGAACAGAAACACGGAGAAGCUGAGAGGCUCUGUUCACCAGGAGCACAUCCUGGAGCAGCUCACCCAGUUCACUGAGAGAGACGUAGAUGUGAUCGUGGAGGUGUGUCACCCCCGUAUCGUCGAGGAGUUUGGGGUGCAGUUCCUGUCUCGGGCCCACUUCCUGGUUGGCUCUCCCACUGCCCUCGCUGACCCACAGGUGGAUGCACAGCUGCGUCGGGCUGCAGUGCAUCAUGGGAAGACGCUCUAUGUGCCCAGUGGUGCAUUGUGGGGUGGACAGGACAUCCAGAGGCUGAACAAUAGUGGGGUGCUAAAAUCUCUCUCCAUCCGCAUGUCCAAACACCCCUCCUGCUUCAGGCUGUCGGGGGGCCUGCUCUCUGAUUGGUCAGAGGGGGAGGGCCGGCGGGUGCUCUUCAGCGGCUCGGUGGCUGACCUUUGCCCCCUGGCCCCUAACAACGUCAACACCAUGGCUGCCGCCGCCAUCGCGGCCGACUCGCUGGGCUUUGCCGGCGUGACGGGGGAGAUCGUCUCCGACACCCGGCUGAGCGAGUUUCACGUGGUGGAGGUGGAGGCGACCGGGGCCGAUGGCUUCUCCGUGACGACAGUGAGGCGUAACCCCGCCCGGCCGGGUGCUGUGACAGGGAGCGCCACCUACGGCUCCUUCUGGAGCAGCCUCCUGUGCUGCGAAGGCCACGGAGGCCGGGUUUACCUGUGCUGAAGAACCUGCAGCCGACCGAGGCCACUGUAGACUCUGCUGGAAGACGGUGACCUGGCCGCUCUUCAGCUUGGUGCAAAUAAAAAAUUCUAUUAAAAAAA